CACUUUCAUUGAGAUCCCUGGUGGUGAACAUGUCUCUCAUCUUUCAAGUUAACUGCUUCAUUUUCCUCUUGCAGAUCUGAUGUCGUAGCUGCCACCGAUGCCAUGAUGCCAGCUGGACAUUUGAAACCAGGGUAUUUCCUCCUCCCCCUCUGCCUCCUUUUCCUGGACGCCCUGGGUGCCUGCAUCACUGGUAGUGCCAGAGACUGUAGCAACGUCAGCUUUGUGCCAGGGGCACGGCUGGCAGGGGAGGGCUACAACAUGGUGACCCUGCAGCCCAAGGGGGUGUUUGUGAUUGACAUGAACACCUGACACUUCGCCAAUGGGAACUGCACCCUCUGUGACGAGCUGCUUGGCAAUGUGUGCCAGCAGCUGCCCACCUCGCUGGUGGACUGGCGCACCAUGAGCUCCUGCCAGCACUCACUCACUGGCUGGCUCUACUGUUCAGUUGACAAGCUGCCAAAGUCAGCCACCUCUGCCAUCACCAAUGACUGGCAGGCAGACCUGCACCUCCAAACCAAGUCAGGCAACUGAACCAAACUGGUGCUGGCCGGCUCCAAGUCUAAGCUAGUGAGUUUUGGCACCUCCCGCUCCAAGAGCGACCACUACAGUUUCACUAGGAACCAGUUCCAGUGCCGCUACUACCAGUAUCGGGUGAAGGACAAGUCCCUCCUGGCACCUGAGUGUGCCCGCUCCCUCUCCAGCCUCCCUACCGUCAUGAAUGAUGCCAGCAAGCACCGUUACCAGCAGCUAGUGGCCACCUACGGCACCCACUACUUCACCUCAGUGGAGCUGGGCAGGAAAUUCAAGGACGUGACGGCUAUUUGCACAUGCCAGGCAGCAUCUGAAGGCUACACCAUUGAGGAUGUGAAGGACUGCCUGUCAAUAGAGGCCAGCGUCACAGUGGGCCUGAAGACAAAGGCCUCGCCAAGGUACCAGAACUGGGCGCACGCCACAAAGCACAACAGCUUCUACCAGGCCUUCAGCGACCAGGAAACAGAGUUGACAAGAGGCCGGGCCCAGAAAGGCCGGGACCUGUUCUUCUCCAAGGACAGCUCAGCCUUCACCUGGUGGGUGGGCAGCCUGCCCACACUCCCAGGCACGGUGUGUUACGCCCUGGCACCUCUCCACCACCUGGUUCCCAACAGUGAUCAGAACCUGCAGCACUACAUCAGCGACUACAUCAUGGGCAACACCCUCUCCCAGCAAUGCAAGGCAGACACCCCAUGUCCCCAUGGGUCCUACCACAACCCGCGCCAACCCUGCACCUGCGUGUGCCAUGAGACCUCACAUGUGGACAAGUACUGCUGUGCUAAGGAGAAAGGGAUAGGCCAGCUGGUGGUCAUGGUCAAACAGGGCAGUGACCUCUGGGGGAACUUUUUCACAGCCACUGACGGCUACGUGGUGGUCAAGUACGGCCAGGAGCAAGCCAGGACCAAUGUGAUCUGGAACAACAACAACCCCAGGUGGAACACCAAGUUGGACCUGGGCGAGGUCAAGGCCAAGAGCAGACUGAAGCUGAUCAUUGAGGCCUGGGAUCUGGAUUGGAUCACAGGUGAUGACCUCUUGGGCGAGUGCGAAGUCAGACUGACCUCCGGCACCCAUGAGAAGGUUUGCUACCUCCGGUAUGGCAAGGUGACCUACAAUUACACCUUCACCUGUGGCCCCCACCUGGGCAGUGCCAGCUGCCAGGACUAUGUGCACCCACCCCCCCCAUGGCAGAAUGGCCUUCACCUCUUACCUGGGCACUGCCAACCACACCCUCCACCUCAACACAGUCCUAUCCACUCACUCCAAAUCACCAAUGCCCAUGAUCUACUUCCCCUAACCCUUGCCUGUGUCAGCAUCUUGAUCAGACACUGUCAUUGCUACACCAUAGCAGUAUUGUGACUCUCAUUUAAUGUGGGAGGCUUUGUGCCAUUAAAAUGAAAUGCUUUGAAGCUUUUUCCAGACACACAAGCAGUGUAGCACACUGUGAUGUGAAGUGACAACUAUAAAGAGCAUGCUUGUUUCUGUAUGCAUUUUUAUAAUCUUACAAUUUUCAAUAAAUUCAGCUCUUUCGCAUUUA